AGUGAGCACUCACGUCCAACGCGUGGCUUUCUCACUUUGCUCUAAGUCGAGCAGUUCUGACCGUCAGGGUUUUUACAUGUUUUAAUUGAAAUUCACCACUCUGCGUCUUAGACUGAAGCCGUUUUGGUCUAGGGGUGGAGUGGAGACGUUCAGCGGCGGGACAGAAGUGAUCUUUCGGGCAGCUCAUCGCGGUACAUUUGAGGUGUGUUCGAGGAGAAAUGGCCACUAAGGUGGAGGCUGUCCUGCCAAACAACCAUCUGCUCACACAGGAGGAUCACGAGCAGAGCGAUCGUGACGGAGCUUCAGAGCAGGCGGGAUUCAGCAUGAAGGAGCAGACGAGCCUCAAACGAGCGAAAGAUGAGAGCAACAGUCAAGUGAAGGAGAACUUGCUGCAGGAGAGUGAAGAGCAGGAGAAAGCGGCUAAAAAGGAGUUUGCAGAAGCUCAACCGCCCAAGGUGAACCCGUGGACGAAGAAGAUGAACCCGGCGAUGAGCAGCAGUUUCAACGGCCAAACACAGCAAGUUCAUUCUGGGCCCACUAAGGUUGUGAGAGCAGGAAAUACAAGAGCGAGGCGUGGAGGAAAGGUUGGAGAUUUUGGAGAUGCAAACAAUUGGCCGACACCAGGAGAGAUUGCUACAAAAGAAUUCCAGGUGGUGAAGUCAACGAUCAAACGAGAGUCAAAAGGACGGAGAGAGAAUGAAGAGAGUAAAGAAAACCUGAAGUCGAAAUCAGAUGAGUCUGGAGAAGAGAAGAGCCCGGAUGAAGACAGUCAGAGGAAUGGACAGAAGAAGAGAGGUAACAAGCACAAGUGGGUUCCUCUCAUGAUUGAGGUGAUGUCGGAGGGUCCUCGCGAGCGCUCUGCGUCCAGGAAUAACACGCGUCAGUUUGACGGCCAGAGAAUUCCUCCCAACAGCAGGAAUGACUUGAGCGACUGGCACAGUGGAAAGUUUGAUCAGGACUUUAAAGAUGAUCGUGAUGAAGUGUCCAGUGUGAAGAGUGAGGGUGCGCCCUACAGAGGAGCUGUAAGAUGCCGCGGGCGCGGGAGAGGAAGAGGACGAGGACGAGGACGUGGCAGAGCAGCUAACAGAGGUCAAUCUGAAUACUACUACGGCUAUAAAGGCUUUGAAGGGAAGCAUGGUGCAUACGGGCAGAAGGUCAACAGCACAGUGACGUAUUACUAUGACAACAUGAGCAGCACUGACCUGUAUACAGUGGACCAGGAUCUGCUGAAGGACUAUAUCAAGAGACAGAUCGAGUAUUACUUCAGUGUUGAUAAUCUGGAGCGAGAUUUCUACUUGCGUCGGAAGAUGGAUCAAAAAGGCUUCUUGCCCAUCGCUCUGAUUGCCAGCUUUCACCGCGUGCAGGCUCUGACAACAGACGUCAACCUCAUAUUAGGGGCGCUGAAGGACAGUAAUGAAGUGGAGAUUACGGACAUGAAAAUUCGCUGCAAGGAAGAUCCUGAAAAAUGGCCGCUGCCUGGGUUGGCUGUGCAGGAUCAUUCCCAGACCGACUUUUCUCAGUUCAUCAACUGUGCAGAGUUUGUGCCCAGGGUUGUUGUGGACAAUCAGACAGGUUCUCCAAGAGCAUCCAUGCCUGUGCAGCCGAAGCCCGAGGACUUGAGUAAUCUGAAGAUCAUGCCAAAGGGUUUGUCGGCCAGUCUGCCUGAUCUGGACUCUGAGUCGUGGAUAGAAGUGAAGAAGAGGCCCAGACCGUCACCGGCUCGACCCAAGUGGAUUUUAAACCACUCAUUGCAGAAAGCGGAGGAGGCACGCACACCGGUGCAGUCUGGUCCGGUGUCAGCUGAAGAGCAGGAAGAGCCAGAGGAACUGGACUUCAUGUUCGAUGAGGAGAUGGAGCAGAUAGACGGGCGACGCAACACCUUCACCGAUUGGUCAGACGAGGAUUCGGACUGUGAAAUCAAUGAUCGAGAUGUCAAUAAGAUUCUAAUAGUUACUCAAACGCCACCUUAUCUGCGCAAACAUCCAGGAGGAGAUCGCACAGGAAAUCACACGUCACGCUCCAAACUAACCAGUGAACUGGUGAAAAUCAUUAACGAUGGACUUUACUACUACGAGCAAGACCUCUGGGACGACACGUACGAGCCUGAAUACGCCACCAUCAAGCAAGAAGUGGAAAACUUCAAGAAAGUUCAUCUGAUCAGCCGAGAGCAGUUUGACUGUUUGACCCCUGAACCGCCGGUCGACCCAAACCAGGAAGUCCCUCCAGGACCACCGCAGCCCCAGCAAAUCCCCACAGAAGCCCUCGCCAACAAACUGUUUGGUGCCCCGGAACCCUCCGCAAUCGCUCGCUCACUUCCAACUACUGUGCCUGACUCGCCCAACUACCGCAGUGCCCGAACGCCUCGUACUCCACGGCUGAAGGACCCCACACAAACGCCCCGUUUCUACCCUGUGGUAAAAGAAGGCCGACCAUUAGAUGCCAAAACGCCCUGUAAAAGAAAGACGCGACACAGCUCCAAUCCGCCCAUGGAGUGUCAUGUCGGUUGGGUAAUGGACUCAAGAGAGCACCGCUCACGAACAGCCUCGGUCAGCUCAAAUGCGUCUCCCUCUGAAGGCCCUGCGGCAACGGGGAAUUACGGCUGCACGCCGCAGUCGCUGCCCAAGUUCCAGCACCCCUCGCACGAGCUGCUCAAAGAGAAUGGGUUCACACAACAUGUGUAUCACAAGUACCGGCGGCGCUGCCUCAACGAGCGCAAGCGGCUUGGCAUCGGCCAGUCUCAGGAGAUGAACACGCUCUUCCGCUUCUGGUCGUUCUUCUUGCGAGAUCACUUCAACAGAAAGAUGUAUGAGGAAUUCAGACAGCUGGUAGUCGAGGAUGGAAAGGAAGGAUACAGGUACGGGCUUGAGUGCCUCUUCAGGUUUUACAGUUAUGGACUGGAGAGGAAGUUCAGACCUGACAUAUUUAAAGACUUUCAAGAGGAGACUGUCAAAGACUAUGAAGCAGGCCAGCUAUAUGGACUGGAGAAGUUUUGGGCAUUUCUGAAAUAUUCUAAAACAAAAAACAUGGACAUUGAGCCCAAACUUCAAGAGUAUUUAUGCAAGUUCAGACGUCUCGAGGACUUCAGAGUGGAUCCACCCAUGGAGGAUGGCGGUCGCAAGAGACACGCUUAUAGUGGCGACGGUUGGCGACGGCAUCCUCCUCAGCCGACAACGAGCCGAAACCAGACACAGACUGCUGCAGGCUCCGCCCAACUCACCGGAGCCCCGCCCACCAGAGUCGAUGCCAAAAACUCAGGCCAGCACGUGCCGAAAUGAUCGUCAGUCUCCGCCGACUUGCCUGAAACAAACUGCUCACGAUUAUCAAAUCACGGCUCUUUCACGAUGACCUGCAAACAUUUCUGAAUCAGCUACGGCAGAGCACAUGAGAAAUCCUUCCAUUUUUUUAUUUUAUUCAAGACUUUUGAAUAUUUUUAUUGCUGUCCUAUCAUAUUGGGGUAGAAGAAAGGCUUCUGUUGAAGCUUUCAUGCGACUCUAUUGCUCCUUUAUAUCUUCAGUCGAGUCACAAUGUGAUUCCGCCCUCAUCUUGAGUUUUACUUUUUUCUUUUUCUAGAACAUAAAGGUUGUUAAUGGAGAUGUUUGCUCUUGACUAGAGUAUGUACUGAAGAGACUAAAUGAUGCAAACGCUCACAGAGCCGCAUGAUUUUGUUGCAUUUUUUGGGAUCGUUGCUAAAUUUUAUAGCAAACAAAUCAAUAGACUGUCAGUGGUCAUACCGAAACAUCUGCCUCACUGUGACACGCCAGUCUGCCAAAAUCAUCACAAUCCAGGUGAUUGAUUUCAAGUGUCACAGUCUGAUACAGGAGGAGGGGGUGUUCAACAGAUGAUCACCACAGUCAUCUCUUCAUAUGAACGUUUGAGGAACGCUUCUUAUGCUUCUGUUCAUCCCUCAUUCAGCAGCACAUUUAGAAGAUCCAGUGAGAACUGUGUGUGCAUCCAAAUAGGAAUCAAUUCCAGAUGAAUGUGUUAAUCAUCGUGUAAAUAUGAAUUCAAGAAAUUAAGAGACAUUUGCACCACCUGGCUGUAUGUGUCAUUUAUUGUUUAUAGUUCAGAUGAUAUAUUUGCCUUACUACUUCACCUUUUUUAUGCUCACCCAUGACAACUUUUAGUCUAAUGCGUUUAAAUUUUUACAGUGUUCUAGCGCCUCUUAUGGUAUGUUUUAUUAUUGCAUAGUAUUUAUCUUCACACUUGUGUUAUGGGCACCACAAACAGGAUGAUGUCUGAAUGAAAGGGAAACUGACCAUGAUAUCAACUAGAAACCUGUGAAGAAACAAGCCUUCUGUUUUUGAUCAUUCAUGACACAAGUGAUGCGUCGAUCCUCGUGUAGCCUUUGACAAUUCGCCAAAUGAAUUUGAACUCAUUUCCUGUGUAAUGAAUGAAAUUUCACGUGUGAACUUUAUGCCCAUUUGUUAGCUAAAAUGUCUCGAGUUUUUGCUUUGAUUUCAAACAUGCUCUCAUGCACUAUACUAAUAUCAGGUUUUCUUUUGUUUGAUACUUGCUACAAACAUUUAGAUGUUAUAUUGGGGGGGCUUCAUUCAAGGUAGCUGUGCUCAAAUCUUGAGGAAAGUCUUAUGAUCACCAAUACCAUACAAAAUAUUUUAUUCAGCUCCAAACCGAUGUUAAAACUCUACGUGAUGUCACAUUUGGUGCAUUAGACGUGUGGAUUGAUGUCAUUAUUCAAGAGGAUUUUCAGAGGUUUAGGGGCUAGAAUGACUGGGAAAGGACUGUAAAAUACUUGAAUGAAAUCUUGUAUCAUAACACUUAAUAUUCAUAAUAUCUCAAUUAUAGGCGGAGAUUAUUUGCCAUUAGUGUGAUUUGAAAUUUGUAGUAAUUAUGUUUCCCUUAAUAAACAAGACAUUUAUAAAAUGGUCAAAAAACGUAAACUCUUUUAUAAGCUCUAGUUCCCUGGUUUUCUGGCUGUUUGAGUGACAACUACAAAAGUUUAGCUGUGGAAAGGAAUUAUUUAUUUAUUUAUUUUCAGAUCUUUGAUUUAAGAUCUGUAAAAAAUAGCUUAAAUCAGCAAUAAUGGGCUCAAGCACACAAAGGGCAGUGUGUUGUGAGGUGGAGUAGAUUUGUUUGGUCAUUGCACCUCAGCGGCUCUAUCACAGGAGACAGCGUAACGUCAGCUAGCGUGUUACAACAGUAAGUAACCGUUUGCGGACACCAUACAUAUGAAUGUGGAAAGUCAUAAACUGACACCUACACUACCAUUCAAAAGCUUAGGGUCACUUAUUUUUUUUUUUCACAUUUUAAAAUAAUAGUAAAGUCAUCACAACUAUGGAAUUAUAGAAAUGGAAAUAUGGGAAUUAUGUUGUGACUAAAAAAAUCCCAAAUAAAUCUAAACUGUGUUAUAUUUUAGCAUCUUCAAAGUGGCCACACUUUGCCUAGAUUUUGCAGAAAUGUACUCUUUCUCAACCAACUUGAGGUAUCACCCUGGGAUGCUUUUUAAACAGUAUUGGAGUUCCCAUCUAUAUGUUGGGCACUUAGUGGCUGCUUUUCUUAAUUAUUCGGAUGACAGGUAAGUCAUCCAUUUAAAAAAAAAAGGUUUUUUUUGUAAUUAAUAUGUUGGCACAAUUAUAUUUUUGUCUACAAAACUAAUUUCAACAUUUUGGGCUCUUACAAGAGACUUUAAAAUAGUCCUAUUAUAUUUACCCAAAUUGCUUCAAAAUUGUUUAGAAUAAUGCCAAAUGCAUGUCCACCGUGCAUUGUUUUCCAAAAGCCAUUGGAAAUGGACCCAUGGUGCUUGGGCCUGUCAUCGUUGCUUGCAGCUACAUAUUUAGGGCCCAAGCACUGAAAGUGCCACCUAGAAGAUGGGCAUGUUCGGGGGGGCUUUGUAGCACAUCCCUUUUGAGCUAGUCACCAAAUUUGUACAUAAAUAGAUCUCAUCAAGCCGGACAACUUUCGCACUCAGUCAAAAGCUCCGCCCAACAGGAAGUCGGUCGUUUUGGAUUGUUUGAAAAAUGCAUGCUCUGGAAUUUGAAAUACUCCUCCUAGGGGAUUCAUGUUACAGGUACUAAAUGUGGGUGACAUCAUGCAAAUUCAUUGACAUAGACAUACAUAGACAUGCUAAAUUGUGAACGGGUUUUUAUAUAUUGAACUGUUGCCAUAGCGAUGCGAUAAAGUAACGGCAAAAAAUGGGAAACAGGAAGUGUCUCAUAUCUUCUGUGUGCAUCGUGUGAUUUACAUCAAAAUUGAGCCGUAUGUUUGGCCUUGCGGGCUGAUCACAUUGUUGUGACUAUUGUGGGUCACGGUCGUAGCGCCACCAACUAGCGGAAGGAAGUGUGGCACUUUUAACAGACUUUGAAAUAUCCCUUUUAUGUUUACCUGAAUUGCUUAAAUUUUUUUAGAAAAAUGUCAAGAUGGUGCAGAUUUAAAAUUCUGAAGGGAGUCUUGAUAUCUUAAAUAUUGUUGUCAUUAAAUGUCAUUAUUCCUUUUUAUGUAUAUUCAAGUUUUUGAUGUACUUGAGUGCUUGAACUUUUAUGAUAUUUUGCACACACAUCAGAGUUGUUGGCCAUUAGGCCUGGGAAAAAGUUAACACAUGGACGUGGCUAGGGAGCGCUGUAGCACAACCUUUUGCCAAAAGUUGUGGGGUCAGUUUCUUUUACGGUCACCAAACUUGUUACAUAUAUUGUUCUCAUCAAGCCGGAACAUAUAUUGUUCUCAUCAAGAUGGUAAAAUUUACUUUACUUAUUAGCUCCACCCAACAGAAGGUUGGCCAUUUUGAAUUGAAUAUGCAUUUUUUGAAAAUUGCAGGCCCUGAACUUUUGAAUACUCCUAUGGGAUUCAUGUGACUGGCACCAAACUUAGGCAAUAUUAUGUCAAGACAUUGAAAGAUGCUGAAUUGCGCACAGAUUUUUUUAUGUUUUGAAUGUUGCCAUGGCGAGGCAAUAAAUUAAGGGCAAAAAUGUGAACAGGAAGUUCCUUAUAUCUUCUGUGUGCAUUGUAUGAUUUUGAUGAAAAUUCAGCUGUAUUUUUUUGUAAUGGGGGAUGAUCACAUUUAUGCGGCUAUUAUGGUCAUAGCGCCACCAACUGGCAGCAGGAAGUAAGGCAGUUUUAACAGACUUUGAAAUAGCCCUCUUGUGUUUACAUGAAUUGUUUCAAAAUUCUUAAAAAUAAUGCCAAGACACUGCUGGUGUAAAAUUGUAAAGGGGUUGUUAAAAUUGUUGCCAUGGCAACACAUUGUUAUUAUUCCUUCCUAUAUUUGGUGUAAACUUAUAUGGUUGUAACUCAUAAAUGAGACCUACGCCUGGUCUCAUUUUAAAGAAGAAACUUGACAGUGUAUUGUGCAAGUGAAAAUGGUUUUUAAAGUUAAAUAAAAAUAUAGAAGUUUA